AAACAAAAAUUUUGAAUUAAAAAAAAAAUUAAUUGAAAUUGAAAAAUAAUAUUCCCUAAAUAAAAAUAAAAUAAAAAUUGUGACACAUCAUUUUCAAAACAUAACCUCAAAAAUGCUGCCCAAAUCGAAAUUCAACAUUUACUGGUUGCUGGCAUUGUCGCUCACCAGCUGUGCAGUUGUAGUCCAAGCAGAUUCUCACAUCCCCCAUUUGUGUGACAAUGUCAACUGUCCCCCCUUGUCGGAGUUGCACUGCCCCGAGGACAGCGAUAUCCGGGAAUUGAUCUCCGAACCCCUGAUCAUGGAAGAAGAAUUCAACAAUGCCUCCCAAAUCGAUCCACUGGAUGAGGCCUUUGCCUUUUGCUGUUUGUCCCAGAAAUGUGUCUGCAAGACCUGUUACAUACCCGACUGUGCCAAUGAUGGUGAGGUGGUGGUGGAAAUUUCCCCCGAGUCCAUGGACAAGCCAGGCCAUUGCUGUGGUGAAUAUGAAUGUCACAAGGAACCCAAUUGUACGGCCGAAGAAAAUACCGACAGCUAUUGGUUGAGCGAUUGCCAACGUUGCAAAUGUCAGGCGGGUCAAAAGAUCUGCCAUCAAAUCUGUGAUGAGGGCAUUAAGAAGACCGGUGCCAUUUGUGAGUCGAAGAACUUGAAUAAAUUCUUUGAACAUGGCGAUACCUGGAAGGAUGGUUGCUAUGACUGUCGCUGUGUCAAUGGGGAGCCAAAUUGUGUGAUUAAUUUCUGUAGUGCCGUCGAUUGCCCAGCCCAUCGUCAGGUGACAUUGAAGAAUAGCUGCUGUCCCGUUUGCUGGCCCAAGGGUUUCCCCAUGCCCAAUGGGGAUGAUGAGUACGAUGAUAAUGGAGAUUCGGGUCAUCAUUAUGAUGAUGUGCAUGACUACAAUGAGGUGGAGGAUAAUGUGGAGCCAAAUUUGGAAUUGAAACCCAUUUUAGAGGUGGAAAAUGCCACAAACUCAACAUCAUCAUCAUCGAGCUCCACAACAACCAGUACCACAUCCACCACAGCUGCACCCAGCACCAGUAUCACCGAAAAAUCCUCUACCACUACAACAAGUACCUCCACCACCUCGACAACCUCGACCACCACCCCAAAACCUGAAGAAAAAACCACACAAAGUCCUGUGGAAUUUUUACACAAACCCACCGAAGCCUCGACCACCUCCCCAGCCCUACCUUGCCCCACUGAAGGCUCAGCCUCCACCUCAACCACCACAAGUACCACACCUGGUCCUUGCAGCCGCCAAGAUGCCGCCUCUUACCAAGUCUAUCCUCAAGUUGUAGAACUUAUGCGCUAUAGCCAACACAAUGGUAUCCUCUAUACCAUCAUAGGAUGCCUCUCGGUCCUGGUUGUGGGCCUCACCGCCUGGAAUAUCCAUCUCAAGGCGAAACAAAGAUCCUAUCGUCCAGUUUCCAAUUUUGAUGAUAACUGUAAUACAAUGUCUAAUAUUAAGAAAACAAAUGAUUAUGUUUAAGAGAGAUAGGGGGUUGUUUAACGAUAGAGAGAGAAGAAAAAGAGAGGGAUAUAAGCAGCUAAUAUUGAGAGAAAGAGAAAUGCAGGGGAAUCUAUUGGGAGGCGAUACAAGGGGAUUUUAAGAACAAACGAAAUAAUUCAUAAAUAUUUUCCAAAGAAAAUAGAGGCAAUACCUCUGAAGGGCUUUUUACGAAUAAGACCCUCCGAAGGACUUCUCGACAUAAAAAAUAAGUUUUGUGCCGGAUGGACUUUGAAACAAUUUCUUUAAAAAACUCAUUUGGAGCGUGGAUGGUUCUCGAAAAUCGUCAUAAAAGUCGAAAAGCUUCUUGAGGUAGUUUUUCUGGUCUGGUCAUGGAAAAAAUCUUAAAAAGCAGGGUCCUUAAAAAAUUCUUUAAAAAUCCUCGUUUAUAGCUUGGUAGGUCCUUGAGAAAAAUUGUUUAAGAAAUUCUCUUUAAUGGCUUGGUAGGUCCAUGAAUAAAAUUCUUAAAAAAAUCCACGUUUACGGAUUUGUAGGUCCUUGAGAAAAAUAAUUUUAAAAAUCCACGUUUACGGAUUUGUAGGUCCUUGAAAAAAAUUAUUUAAAAAAUCCACGUUUACGGAUUUGUAGGUCCUUGAGAAAAAUUAUUUAAAAGAUCCACGUUUACGGAUCCGUAGGUCCUUGAGAAAAUUUAUUUAAAAAAAUCCACGUUUACGGAUUGGUAGGUCCUUGAGAAAAAUAAUUUUAAAAAAUCCACGUUUACGGAUUGGUAGGUCCUUGAGAAAAAUAAUUUUAAAAAAUCCACGUUUACGGAUUUGUAGGUCCAUGAAUAAAAUUCUUUAAAAAAUCCACGUUUACGGAUUUGUAGGUCCAUGAAUAAAAUUCUUUAAAAAAUCCACGUUUACGGAUUUGUAGGUCCAUGAAUAAAAUUCUUUAAAAAAUCCACGUUUACGGAUUUUUAGGUCCUUGAGAAAAAUUAUUUUAAAAAUCCACGUUUACGGAUUGUUAGGUCCUUAAGAAAAAUUAUUUUAAAAAAUCCACGUUUAGCAGGCACUUGAGAAAAAUUCUUUUAAAAAAUCCACGUUUGGCAGGCACUUGAGAAAAAUUAUUUAAAAAAUCCACGUUUACGGGUCAGUAGGUCCUUGAGAAAAAUUAUUUAAACAAAUCCACGUUUGUAGCCUUAAUCGUCCUUAAACAUUCUUUAAAAAAUACGCGUUUACGGAUCCGUAGAUCCUUAAGAAAAAUUAUUAAAAAAUCCACGUUCGUAGCCUUAAUAGCCCCCAAACAUCCUUUAAAAAAAUUGUUUUUAAAAAUCCUGAUAGGUCCUUAAAAAAUCUUUAAAAAUCCUGGCUUAUAGUUAGGCAGGACCUCGAAAAAAUGUUUUUAAAAAAUCCACGAUUGUGGUCCUGAGAAAGAAAUCUUUAAAAAAAUCCAAGUUUAUAACUUUGAUGGUUGUUGAAAAAUAAACUCCUUCAAAAGUCCUCGUGUUUUAUACUUCUAAACCUCAACAGGACAUGCCGAUUUAAAAAAAAAAUAUUCCAAGCCACGUGGAUUUCUAAAAAAAUAUUUCCAAGCCUCUUCAAGAUACGUGAAUUUUUUUAAAAAAUAUUUCCAAGCCUCCACAGUUCACGUCGAUUUUUCAAAAAUCGUUCCAAGCCUCGGAAGGACUCAUGGAUUUUUUAUUAAGGAUGUUUUAAGCCCAUAAAGUAUUUUUAAAAGUCAAAAGUUCCAAGUCUUUGCUGUACACGAGGAUAUUUUCGAAAAUAUUUUCAAGCCUGUACAGGUCACGUGGAUGUACAGGUCACGUGGAUUUUUUACGAGAUCAAUUUAAAAGAAUAUUCUCAAGCCUCUAAAGGACCUUUGGAUUAAACAAAAAUAUUUCCCAGCCUUUUCAUGUCACGUGAAUUUUUUAAAUAAUAUUUCCAAACCUCUAUAGGACACUUGGAUUUUUUGAAAAUAAUAUUUACAAGUCUCUACAGGACAUCAGGACCUUAAUUUUUAAUAUUUUCAAGCCUAUGAAGAACAAGUGGAUUUUUAAAAUAUAAUAUUUCCAAGACUCUACAGGACACCUGAACUUUUUAAAAAAUAUUUUCAAGUCCCUACGGGAUGCGUGGAUUAAAAAAAUAUAUUUCCAAGCCUAUACAGGAUAGGCGGAUUUUUAAAAAAAAUAUUUUAAAGCCUCGACAGACCACGUGGAUUUUAUAAAAAAUAUUUUAAAGCCUCUACAGGACACGUGGAUUUUUUUUUUAAAAUAUUAUCAAGCCUCUACAGGACACGUGGAUUUUUUAAAAAAUAUUUUCAAUCCUCUACAGGACACGUGGAUUUUUUAAAAAAUAUUUUCAAGCCUCUACAGGCACUUGGAUUUUUAAAAAAAUAUUUUCAAGCCUCUACAGGACACGUAGAUUUUUUAAAAAAUAUUUUCAAGCCUCUACAGGACACGUGGAUUUUUUAAAAAAUAUUUUCAAGCCUCUACAGGACACGUAGAUUUUUUUAAAAAUAUUUUCAAGCCUCUACAGGACACGUAGAUUUUUUUAAAAAUAUUUUCAAGCCUCUACAGGACACGUGGAUUUUUUAAAAAAAUAUUUUCAAGCCUCUACAGGACACGUAGAUUUAAGACUCUACAGGACACGUGGAUUUUUUAAAAAAUAUUUUCAAGCCUCUACAGGACACGUAGAUUUAAGCCUCUACAGGACACGUGGAUUUUUUAAAAAAUAUUUUCAAGCCUCUACAGGACACGUAGAUUUAAGCCUCUACAGGACACGUGGAUUUUUUAAAAAAUAUUUUCAAGCCUCUACAGGACACGUAGAUUUAAGCCUCUACAGGACACGUGGAUUUUUUAAAAAAUAUUUUCAAGCCUCUAGAGGAGGAAUUAUAUGAGCCUCUUCAGCCUCUCCAAUAUCCUGCUUCUCCCCAUGAAAGAUUUACCCCACAUUUCUCCGAAAUAAUAUUAAGUUGUAUAGUCUUAAAAAGCUACUGUUAUAAUUUUCAAAUGUUUGUGUUUUUUCUUUCUGUUAUCAGUGAAUAAGUUGUUCUUGUUUUUGCCCACACCUUUUCUGUUUUGUCCGUUCUUUUUUCUUUCCUAUAGCGCUGAGGAUCUCAAAAAUAAUACAGAUUUAUUAAAUUGAAAAAAAUUGAUUGAAAAAUUAUAUUCCCCAACAAAAAAUGAAGAAUAUUCUACAUUUUAUUUUGUUAAAUAAAAUUUGUAGGUCCCCCUUUUUUUAGUUUUAUGUCAUUUACAAAAAAACAAUUAAAAGUAUUCAUGUAUUAAUUAAUAAAAAAAUAUGAUAUAUUUAAUUAAAGUUAUUCUAUAUUGGCCUUAGUUUUUAAAUAAAAUAUAACCAGAGAUAAGAAAACAUCAAGAGAAACCCACAAUAGUUUUAGAGGGGAAGGGGAACUUGAAAUCGUAGGUUGGGUAAUGGGACUGGGAUGUCAUUUAGCCAAGUCAUAAACCGGCGAAAUUUUAUGGAAAUGGUAAAUAUUUUUGAUAAUUGAGUUACUUUAAAGCUUCUUUUCAGCGUUUUAACGAUCCUUUCGAGCCAAGAAGCGAGAAAUAUUUCUUGAUUAAGAAAUCAGGAUCUGUCCUAAUGGAAGUGUUUUAGAUUUUCCCUUUUCCCUAAUUGGGGUCGUUGUUGUAUACCGUUUGAAUAUAUAAACGAAAAAAAACUCCAAGCCAUUAGGACAUGUGAAUUAAAAAAAGCCUCUACAGGAUACAUGUCACGUGGAUUUAAAAAAAAAAUAUUUCAAAGCCUUUGUAGGAAACGUGGAUUUAAAAAAAAUAUAUUUCAAAGCCACUACAGGACACAUGGAUUUAAAAAAAAUAAAAAAAGGCUUCACAGGACACGUAGACUUUUUAAAAAAUAUUUCAAAGUCACUACAGGAUACGUGGAUUUUUAAAAAAUAUUUCCAAGCCUUUACAAGGCACUUGGAUUUUUAAAAAAUAAUUCCAAGCCUCUACAGGACACGUGGAUUUUUUAAAAAAUAUAUUUUAAGGCUCUAUAUUAGACGGAUUUUUUUAAAAAUAUUUCCAAGCUUUUACAGGACACGUGGAUUUUUUAAAAAAUAUUUCCAAGGCACACGACCCUUUGUGUAUUUUUUAAAAAAUAUUUCCAAGCCUUUACAGGACACGUGGAUUUUUUAAAAAAUAUCUCCAAGGCACACGACUCCUUUGUGUAUUUUUUAAAAAAUAUUUCCAAGCUAGAACAUAACACGUGGAUUUUUAAAAAAUAUUUCCAAGCCUGAACAAACACGUGGAUUUUUUAAAAAAUAUUUCCAAGCCUGAACAUAACACGCGGAUUUUUUAAAAAAUAUUUCCAAGCCUGAACAUAACACGUGGAUUUAUUAAAAAAUAUUUCCAAGCCUGAACAUAACACGUGGAUUUUUUAAAAAAUAUUUCCAAGCCUGAACAUAACACGUGGAUUUUUUAAAAAAUAUUUCCAAGCCUGAACAUAACUCGUGGAUUUUUUAAAAAAUAUUUCCAAGCCUGAACAUAACACGUGGAUUUUUUGAAAAAUAUUUCCAAGCCUGAACAUAACACGUGGAUUUUUUGAAAAAUAUUUUUAAGCUUGAACAGAACACGUGAAUUUUUUUAAAAAAUAUUCCCAAGCCUGAACAUAACACGUGGAUUUUUUAAAAAAUAUUUCCAAGCCUGAACAAACACGUGGAUUUUUUAAAAAAUAUUUCCAAGCCUGAACAUAACACGCGGAUUUUUUAAAAAAUAUUUCCAAGCCUGAACAUAACACGUGGAUUUAUUAAAAAAUAUUUCCAAGCCUGAACAUAACACGUGGAUUUUUUAAAAAAUAUUUCCAAGCCUGAACAUAACACGUGGAUUUUUUAAAAAAUAUUUCCAAGCCUGAACAUAACUCGUGGAUUUUUUAAAAAAUAUUUCCAAGCCUGAACAUAACACGUGGAUUUUUUGAAAAAUAUUUUUAAGCUUGAACAGAACACGUGGGUUUUAAAAAAAAUAUUUCCAAGCCUGAACAUAAUACUUGUUUUUUUGUAAAUAUUUCUAAGCCUGAGCAGAACACGUGGAUUCUUUGAAAAAAUAUUUACAAGGUACUACAGGACAUAUGGAUUUUAUAAAAAAGUAUUUCCAAGCCUGAACAGAACACGUGGAUUUUUUAAAAAAUACUUCCAAGCCUUCAGAGGACACUUGAAUUUUUUAAAAAAUUUUUCAAAACCUUUUUCAAGGCACUACCAAUUAUGUAGAUUUUUAAAAAAUUACAGGACACGUGGAUUUUUUAAAAAAUAUUUUCAUGGCACUACAGGAGACGGAUUUUUAUAAAAAAAAUUUCUAGCACAGGAGGAGAUUUUUUUAAAAAAUAUUUUCCAAGCAGAUUUUUUUAAAAAAAUAAUUCCAUGCACAGGCGGAUUUUUUUAAAUAUUUCCAAGCCGGAUUUAUUUAAAAAAUAUUUCCAAGCCGGAUUUUUUUUUCAAAAUAUUUUCAAGGUGGAUUUUAAAAAAAAUAUUUCCAGGCACAGGAGGAGAUUUUUUUUAAGAAAUAUUUCCAGAGCAGAUUAUUUUAAAAACUAUUUCCUAGGCUCUACAGGAGACGAGGAUUUUUAAAAAAAAUAUUUCCAAGGCUCUACAUUAGGCGGAUUUUUUUAAAAAAAUAUUUCCAAGGCUCUACAUUAGACGGAUUUUUUUAAAAACGUAUUUCCAAGUGUCUACAGGACACAUGUCCUUUUCUAAAUAUAGUCUAUUUUACAUUCAGGCGAUCCUUAGGUUUAUGCUUUUUCUAGACCUGAACCUGUAAUUUUUUUAUUGCGGAUCUUGGCUAAUUGAUUUUUCAGGACUAGAAAUCGUUGCUAAAAAGCCUUUCCAAGUCCUUGAUAUCUACAAUAAAUUUUAUGAAAAUCGAUUAGGAGACUCGAAAAUAACCAAAAAAAAGAUCCCAAACUCCCCGGACAAUUUCGAAAUACAUCCUCCCAUAGCUCCCAAUAUCCUCCCUUUUGUUGAAAAAUAUUUCAUUCCUAAUUUUAUUAAAACAAUAUCAUUGAUUUCAAGUUCCUUUUCCCAAACGAUUUCAAACCAAGAAAAUGAAAAUACAAUACACUUAAAUAAUUAUUAUUAAAACCCAAAAUAAUUCAAGAAGAAAAGUAAAGAGUAAACAUUAAAAGAAAAACCUAAAAUGUCUGGUAAUAUAAGCUUUCUUAUAUAUUGAUACAAUAAUUUAACUAUUAUUUAUGUGAUAUCUAUUGUUAAGAGAAACAAAUGAAAAAAAUAUAUACAAUGCUAAAAUAAAAAAAUAAAAAACAAAAUAAAAAAUAAUAAAAAAUAUAUAAUUAAAAAUAAAAUAUGGUUAAAAUUGUAUUUCCAAAUUAUCGGCAAAAAAGCCGAAAUGCUGGAAGGAAAACUAAAAAUUACAAUUAAAAAAAAUUUCCCUUUAAUUGCAUAUAUUUUUU